AUGGCAAAGUUGUCUGUCAAGUAUUUCAUGCAGGUGGUGAUAGAUGAGAUUUUGGUGGUUCUAUCUGUCGCAAACUUAUGUGGCAAAACGUGUGAUAAACUGCAAGCGAGGUGCACUGAGACGAUAGUUAAAUCUGAUGCUGAUAUCACCACUCUUGAAAAGGCACUUCCUCAACCUUUGGUGAAACAAAUCAUGGAUAAACAAAGAGAAUAUGGCAUGUACAUGCCCGGAAACUUCAAUUUUCCGGACAAACAUGUCAACAGAAUACACAGGGCUUUGGAUUCAGACGAUGUGGAAUUGGUAAGAUUGCUUUUGAAAGAGGGGCACACCACUCUUGAUGAUGCUUAUGCACUUCACUAUGCUGUUGCAUACUGUGAUGUGAAGACCACCACCGAGCUUCUUGAUCUUGGACUUGCUGAUGUCAACCACAAAAACCAUAGGGGCUACAGUGUGCUGCAUGUUGCUGCAAUGAGGAAAGAGCCUAAGAUUAUAGUUUCUCUCUUAACAAAGGGGGCACAGCCUUCUGAUGUCACUUGGGAUGGUAGAAAUGCCCUUCAGAUUUCAAAGCGUCUCACCAAAGCUGUGGAUUAUUACAAUGCAACUGAGGAAGGAAAGGUGUCAUGCAAUGACAGAUUGUGCAUUGAGAUAUUGGAGCAAGCUGAGAGAAGGGAACCUUUACAUGGAGAGGCAGCACUUUCUCUUGCUAUGGCAGGGGAUGAUUUGCGCAUGAAAUUGUUGUACCUUGAAAAUAGAGUUGGACUGGCGAAAGUGUUGUUUCCCAUGGAAGCGAAGGUUAUAAUGGACAUUGCUCAAAUUGAUGGUACAUCUGAAUUUCCAUCAUCUGACAUCUACAACGAUCGUCAAAGGAAAACUGUGGACUUAAACGAUGCACCUUUCAGAAUGAAGGAGGAGCAUCUUGUUAGGUUGAGAGCACUGUCUAGGACUGUGGAGUUGGGGAAACGCUUCUUCCCUCGUUGCUCAGAAGUGUUGAAUAAGAUCAUGGAUGCUGAUGACAUAACUCUGCUUACAUGUAUGGGUGAUGACAGUCCUGAAGAUCAACUUAGGAAGAGAAGAAGGUAUGAGGAGCUCCAAGAAGUUCUGAAUAAGGUCUUCAAUGAGGACAAGGAGGAGUUUGAUAGAACUCUUUCCACAGCAUUGAAAAUUAGAGAAGAAAACUUAAUAGGUUUAAGUCAUGAAGAUUUUGAGUAA